UCCUGGGAGUCUGCGACGAGAGCCCUCCUUGGCUGUCAGAGAACGCCGGGCCCUUUCCCUCACUUCCCUCAGGAAAGUCUCCCCGCGUCCUUUCCCUAACGCAACUCCAAGGAAGGAGGGACUUGUUACAGCCGUCACCGCCCCAGUUAUGCCUUCUCAGGACAGUGACCUUCCUCCAAAGGAACAAGAGAAAAUGGCUGAAUUUCAGGAGGCGGUGACAUUCAAGGAUUUGGCAUUGGUGUUUACUACAGAAGAACUGGGGCUGCUGAACCUCACACAGAGGAAGCUGUACAAAGAUGUGAUGCUGGAGAACUUCAAGAACCUGGUUGCUGUGGGGCACUUUUCCCACAAAGCACAUGUGGUGUCUCUACUGGAAGCAGAAGAAAAGCUUUGGCUGAAGGAAACAGAAGCCCAGAGAAGUCGAUAUCCUGGCAGCAGGAGUGAACAUGAGCCGGUGACUACUGGGAGACGUGCACUAAAACACCUUGCCCAGGAAGAGCUGUCUUGCUGGCGCAUCUGGAAACAGGUUGCGCAGGAAUCGACCAGGUGUUUUCAGAGGAGGCGUUCUCAAGCACUGCAAGAUGAUUCCAUUCUGGUUUCUGACAACAGUGGCAAUCCAGGGAAUCCUGAAGGAGAUAGCUCCAGCUGCCUUGAACAUGAAGACUUUUCAGUCUCAAGAACUCAUAAUUAUUGCCAAAAUAGGUGUCUGCAUAAUUCACAGAACCAGUGCAGAAAUAAGCCGGUCUGUGUGAAGUGUGACCUGUGUGUGUUUGCAGAUUCGAGGAAGAAAUCAUCGCUUUGUAAGCAGCUUAAAAGCAACAAAGGACAGAAACCCUACAGAUGUGAGAGCUGUGGAAAGAGAUUUAGCAGUAGCAAGGGUCUCCGCAUUCACUGCAGAGCUCACACGGGAGAGAAACCUUACAAGUGUGAGGAGUGUGGGAAAGGCUUCACCCGAAAUGCAGAUCUUCAUGUCCAUUCCCGUGCUCACACCGGAGAGAAGCCCUGUAUGCGUAAGGAAUAUGGGGAAGGCUGCCUCCAGGAUUCCAACCUUCAAGUCCAUCAGAAUAGCCACACUGAAGAGAAGCAAUUCAAAUGUGAAACUUGUGGGAAGGGGUACAGUCGGUCCUCGAGGCUUCGCACCCACCAGAGAGUUCAUACUGGAGAGAAAUCAUACAAAUGUGAAGUGUGUGGGAAGGGCUUCCGCUAUAGUUCAAAUCUUAAACAACACCAAGUAACGCACACUGGAAAGAAACCGUCUAAGAGUCGGGAGUGUGGGAAAGGCUUCAGUUGCGGGUCAGAUCCCACUUCUCAGAGAGUCCACUCAGAGAAGAAAGUCUACAAGUGUGAAGAGUGUGAUAAGAGCUUUAGUCAGCCCAGUGAUUAUCAGGCACACCAGCAAGUUCACACUGGGGAAAAACCACACCAGUGUGAGGUGUGUGGGAAGGGCUUCAGUCGCUUAUUUGGCCUUCAUUCCCAUCAGAGAGUUCACACUGGGGAGAAGCCAUACAAAUGCGAUGUGUGUGGAAAGAGCUUUAGGUACAGUUCUCAGUUUAUCUACCAUCAGAGAUGUCACACUGGAGAGAAACCCUACAAAUGUCAGGAGUGUGGGAAAGGCUUUGGCAGGAGCACAGAACUUCGCCACCAUCAAAGGAUGCACACAGGAGAGAAGCCUCACAAAUGUAAGGAGUGUGGAAAGGCCUUCAGUCUGCCCUCCAAUCUUCGAGUCCAUCUGAGCAUUCACGUGAAGGAGAAACUCUUCAAGUGUGAGGAGUGUGGGAAGAGCUUCAGCCAGCGCUCGCGUCUUCAAGCCCACCAGAGAGUUCACACUGGAGAAAAACCAUACAAGUGUGAUAUAUGUGGGAAAGGCUUCAGUCGCUCCUCUGGCCUCCAUUACCAUCACAGAGUCCAUACUGGGGAGAAGCCAUACAAGUGUGAUGUGUGUGGAAAGGGCUUUAUAUACAGUUCUCAGUUUACCUACCAUCAGAGAUACCACGCGGAAGAGAAACCUUUCAGAUGUCAGGAGUGUGGGAAAUUCUUUGACACCAGCACGGACCUUCACCACCAUCAGAGGGACCACAUGGGAAAGAAACCUCACAAAUGUGAGGAGUGUGGAAAGGCCUUCCGUUUCCCCUCAAAGCUUCGAGUCCAUCUGAUUACUCACACGAAGGAGAACCUCUUCAAGUGUGAGGAGUGUGGGGAGGGCUUCAGUCAGCUCUCAAGUCUUCAAACACACCAGAGAGUUCACACUAGAGAAAAGCCGCACAAAUGUGACGUAUGUGGGAAAGGCUUCACUCACGGUUCCCGCCUUCAAAACCAUAAGAAAAUCCACACCUAAGGAAAGCAGCAGAGCUGGUGUGGUCGCACAUGCCUGUGAACCCAGUGUUGAGGCCAAGGCUGGAAGAUGACAGAUUUGUGGCCUGCCUUGGCUCCAGAGCAUGGUACUUUCUUAACUUUUGUGGAUAUGUCCAUCUACUCCAUUAAAACGAUAAUAUACUGGAGUAACACCUAGAACUCAUUUUUAGGGAAGAAAUACAGGCAGUGGUCAUCUUGGCAAGACUGUGAAUGAAUACCAGCAAUCAUCUUUCAGUGUACUGUGCGCCAAAAGGUACCAGCUGAACCAGCACUCACUAAGUGCUGACUUCGCUCUCUCUAACAGUGGGCACUAUUUUCACUAAAGCCUAAAGGUGUGGAAAAUAAAACUGCUGACUAAGACUUUCCUGUAGCUAAGGACUUAUCCUGUGGGUUCUUUUUUUCAUGCAGUAUGGAGGAUUGUAAUGAAAAAGGCUGUACCCAUAAUGCAUCUCUGAUCAUCAAAGGUAAAUUGGUGUCAGCCAUAACUGUAUGUAAGAUGUUCAUGGCAUUGUCGUUUUGUAAUUGGUUGGCCAGCAAAUGGACUUUCUGUUUUGCAGUCCAGUGGUAAUUCUGCAAGCAUCAAGUGAAGAGAGGCAGAAUUAGCUAUGACCACUGAACGCCGAUCAGGGUAUAUAAAGUGCGAAAGCUAGAUGUGUGUUUUUAGAGAAACAAAUGGGGCUGGAAAAGAUGGCUCAGUGGGUAAAACAGCUUGCUGCACAAACAUGGGAAUCUGAGUUUGAAUCCCCAGUACCCAUGCAAAAAGCUGGGUAUGGCCAUGUGUAGAUCUGUAAUCCUAGUGCUGUGACAAGUGGAGACAGGAGGAUUGGUGGGACUUGCUGACUGACCAUGUCUCUAGGCAGCAGGGACAGUGUGACAGAGCAAGACACCUGAAUCAUCCUCCAACCUCUAGACACAAGCACAUGCGCAUACAUAUCUGUUCAUGUAUGCAGAACAUAACAUACACCACACACACAAAUACAGGUGGUGGGCUGGAGAGCCAGUCCAGCAGUAAGAGUAUGUGCUCCUGUUUCCGCGGACCCGAGUAUGCUGCCUGCCCCUACUCCCGGUGGCUCACAACCAGCUGUAGCUCCAGCUCUAGAGGUUCCAAUGCUUCUGACCUCAAGCACAUGUGCACAUAUGUGUGCAUGCUCAAUUUAAAGAUGAAUCAUUUUUAAAAGGUACAGAUGUAUGGGCUUAGUUAUCUCUAGUGAGAUUUUAAUCGUGUACUUUAAACUUUUUGAAAUCUAGAACUUUUAGAAAAACUAUAAAAAUCAUUUACAAUUUUAUACCCUUAACCCAGAUUUGCCAGUUGUUAAAUUACCUAGUCGUCAUUCUCCUGACACAUGAAUUUGUGCACACUCAAACACUGCCACCUACGUAUACAACUGUUCAGAUGUCUCAUCUCUUACUUCAAAUACAUAAGUGUGUUUUCCUUAAGCAGCUGUAAUAUAAUAUUCAACCAAGUCGGAUAUUGAUAUACAACACUGUACAGCCAAAAUAGCUUAUUUAAAUGUCACUAGUUAUCCCGGCUGGCACAAUAUAGUGUGUACUGAUUCUAAUCGAGUAGUUGCAAUGGGCACCUUUAUUCUGAGCCUCCCUGUUGUAUCAGGUGCGGGGUCACGCGGGUCCGUGAGAAGAAGACAUAGGCAGGCACUCUAAGGAUGAAUCUAGCCUUGUCAGCUGCAGGGCCCAGCCUACGGCCGGCUGACUCACUGCCACUUUGAUGUUGUAGAAUACUGUUUUAAGCUGUGUUGCUUUUUGUAGAAUAUUUGUUUAAUGAUGUAAAGAUGUGUUGCUUUUGUUUAUGUUGCAUUUGUUUAACUCUGUAAAGCUGUGAUUCUUUACCUGUGUAAAACACCUGAUGGUCUAAUAAAGAACUUGAACGGCCAAUAGCAAAGCAGGAGAAAGGAUAGGCAGGCUGGCAGGCAGAGAGAAUAUAUAGAAGGAGAAAUCUGGAGGAGCAAGAUAGAACAAAGAGCAGGCCAUCAGGGCCCAGCCACCCGGCCAGCCAGGCAGUUAGAGUGAAAGUGAGAUAUACAGAAAUAAGGUAAAAACUCGGAGACAAAAGGUAGUCAGGGAUAAUUGAAGUUAAGAAAAGCUGGCAAGAAACAAGCCAAGCUAAGGCCAGCCAUUUAUAAGUAAGAUAACUCUCUUUGUGUGUGAUUUUUUUUUUCA